GGCUGCGCUGCCUGCCUACCUCCUCGUUCUCUCUGCUCUCCUCUCACUAAGACACUGACCAUCACAGUGUCACACGCAGACGCUUCAUCGGCUGAAUCACCAGCCAAGGUAAAGCAUCAACACAUACACGAGCAAGCAAGGAAAGCCAAGCUUAGCUGUCUCCGAUCACAGCCGGCCGCAGAGAGAGAGAGGGAGAUGUCGAGCCGCCGUGGCCGGAUCACCGACGAAGAGAUCAACGAGCUCAUCUCCAAGAUCCAGGCGGUGCUCCCGGAAUCAUCCCGCCGCCGCUCCGCGAGCCGGUCGUCGGCGUCGAAGCUACUGAAGGAGACGUGCGGAUACAUCAAGAGCCUCCACCAGGAGGUUGACGAUCUCUCCGAUAGGCUCUCGGAGCUAAUGUCGACCUUGGACGAGACCAGCCCCCAGGCCGAGAUCAUCCGGAGCCUUCUCCGCUAGCCGGAUUUUAUCCUACCGAUCGAGCCAGUAGGCAGUAGCUACAUAUAUAUUAGCUUGAAUUCAUCGGCCGAAGAGGGAGACGAAGAGGCAAGACAAGAGAAGAGAAGACAACAAGAGAGGCAUAGCAUUUUUUAGCUGCUGCUUGUUUCUUUUCCUUCCUGCUCCCCCGUCUCCGGUACGUCGUCGUCUGUGUGUGUUUGUGUUUGUGAGGCCCUCAUUUAGCUUCCGGUAUACUCCUACUCCACUGUGUUUCAUUUAUGCACCGGGUUGGUAGAGGUUAAUAAUAUAUAUGGUACUUCUACUGA